AUGGCGCAUCUUAUACUAAGAGCACAGCUUAUCCAAUCAUUGAUUUGUUUCAUACUUUUUGCUAGGCUUACCUCCCAAGCUUCAGCUCCAACCAUCACACCACCACCAAACUUGGUGCAUCAGCGACAAGAAGACGAAGGGGCAAACUUUUUCGGAUACCUACCUCUCAGCGACGGCCGCUAUAUCACGGAAACAUGCGAGGAGGGGGGAAUAUACUACGCUUCGAGUCGCUGGGCAGCCUGUCUCACUAAUACGGCAGACCUCUGGACAGGCUGUACCGGUGCCUCCGUCUUUUUGGCGCCCAUUGGCACAGGCACAUGUCCGCCGUCCAUGACUUGCAAUUCGGUAUUGGUCUACAACAACCCGACCGAUGCGACCGCGCUGUCGUAUGUCGGGUGUUGGAGUAGUAGCCUGACGAAGACGUACUACAGGCAGAUUUCUACGACUGCAAGCGCAUCAUCCGAAGCUCGGGCCGGUUCGACAAGCACAAGCACGAGCACGAGUUCAACGGUAUCGUCCAGUCCGACUGAGACGCCUGCUCCGCGGAACCUUGCUUGGGUUGCCGGGCCGGUCGUCGGUGGGAUUGCUGGCAUCGCCAUCAUUGCUCUCCUAGUUUGGAUCAUCGUGCUGCUGUUGCGGAAGAGACAAUCUCAUGCACCAACAGCCCCCGAGAAUCAAUUUGUCCAACCCGACUAUGCCGCCAAGCCGCCAUACCAAGCCCAGGUAUAUCCAUCACCUGUGCCAGAACAGCCUCCGAGCGUUAUGUCAAUGGGUCCGCCGCAGUAUCCUCCUAGUACACCCACGUAUGAGUUAGACCCUGUUACCUAUCAUGGGGCUAGACCUGGGGCAUAA